AUGAAAUUCUCAGUUGCAGUCUUGUGUCUGGCCUCGGUCGCCUAUUCCCAGACUAUCGCGAGCGAACUAGCAAAAUUACCAACCUGCUCCAUCACUUGCUUGCACAAUGCCAUCAGCGGUGCUGGGUGCAGCCUCACCGAUUACACUUGUCAAUGCGGCACCGCAAAGAGUGCUAUUACAACAGCUGCCACUCCUUGCAUCAUCAGCGCAUGUAGCACAAGUGAUGCUUUACUAGUUCAAAGCAUCUCAGCCGAAAUAUGUACGCUCCAAGCGGCAAGCUCACCUUCCGGUGCGUCUUCAACACUGCCUGCGCAGUCGGCUUCAAGCGGUGCAUCGACAAUCGGUCCAAGUGCAGCUUCUUCCGCAGGAGCUUCACGUACUACAUCCACUUUGCAGUCAACUUCGAGCAAU